AUGCCUGUUGAUAGGCCAAGAGAAGUUGCUCUUGCCUCACGCGAGACGGCUUCCCUGUUGAACCAGUCUGAUAAGAUUCAUGGCAGGGAAGAAGAUAAAGACAAGAUUGUGAAGAUCUUGGUGAAUGAUGUGAAGGAGAAACAGGAGAUGUCUGUGCUGCCAAUCAUAGGUGUUGGCGGCCUUGGGAAGACCACUCUUGCUCGACUAGUCUUCAACGAUCCCCAGGUGGAAGAGCACUUUGAUCUAAGGAUUUGGGUUUGUGUGUCUGAUAAUUUUGAGAUGAAGACUUUGGUGAAGGCCAUGAUUGAAUCUGCCACGGGGAGUGGAAAAGCUUCGGAUCUGCAGCACUUGGAUGCUGCAGAGCGUCGCCUAUGUGAAUUAUUGAGCAAAAAGAGAUAUUUGAUUGUAAUGGAUGAUGUUUGGAAUGACCGCCAAGAUAAAUGGUUUGAGUUGAGAGACGUUUUAUCAUGUGGCUCAACCGGUUCAUCGGUUGUCGUCACCACACGCCAGAAGAAGGUUGCUGAUAUAAUGACAACACUUCCAUGUCAUUGCCUUGAGGGGCUGUCAGAUGAGCACAGUUGGGCGCUGCUACGGCAGCGCGCCUUUGGACCAAGAGAAGAGGUGUCUCCCCAGUUGGAAAUUAUUGGGAAACAAAUCGUGAAGAAAUGUGCAGGAGUGCCCCUGGCUGCAACAACGCUUGGAGGAAUACUACGGUUUAAAAGGAUAGAAGAGGAAUGGAUACAUGUGAGAGAUAGUGAGAUAUGGAAGUUGUCGCCAGAAGAGAGUUUGAUAAUGCCAGCUUUGAGAUUGAGUUAUCAUCAUCUUCCAUUGGAGCUUAGACAAUGCUUUGCUUAUUUUGCAGCCUUCCCUAAGGAUCAUUACAUUGCAAAGGAAAAACUAAUCCUUCUAUGGAUAGCUCAUGGCUACAUUUCAUCAAAGGGGACUCUACAAGUGGAAGAUGUUGGAAAUCAAAUAUGUAAUGAGUUACUACUCAGAUCUCUUCUACAAACAAAUGUGCUUAUGCCCGAACGAGAUCAGUAUGCAUGA